UAAGUGGACAAAAACCUCAACAAACUAAGACUGCGCCAAUCACUCUGCCUCCACUGCGAGAGGAGAGAGAGAGGAGGGGAGAGAGAAAGUUAAAGUUACAGCCUUUCAGGGUGACAGGGAAGCUGAGCUGAGCUGAGCUAAGCUGAGGUGUGAACAAGGAAGAAGAAGAACAGGGCAGGUGUCAACACUUAACAAUAUCAGUCGGUUGCAGAGAGGGGCAUGGUCCUUACCUCACUUUUCCCAAAUUUCCCAUUUUUUUAAUUUAAUGUUUUUUAAAAUUUGAGUGUUUUUGUUCAAUUAUUUUCUCAACGUUAUGCUAGAAUAAGUUAAAAAUUUCUGCCUUUUUGAAGUAGCCAAUACUUUGUUCUCAAAUUGCAUUUCUUCACUGGUUAGAAAUAAUUCUCUAAAAUACUUUUUUUUUUUUUUUAUUAUUUCUCAGUGAUAAAGGAUAGAUUUUUCCGGAAGGUGAUUAACAAAACACUUCAUGGAACUUUUUAUUUUAAUUUUAAAACCAAUUAUAUGGUUAUAAUUUGUUUAAAAUUUUCUGAACCACUCUGUUUCCACUUUGAAGCAUCAUUUUCUUUAAAGAUUAUUGAAGAAGAGGUUGCAUAAGAAUUUGACGUAAAAAUGAAGGGGGCAGUAUUAGUUGCAAUUGCUGCAACUGUUGGGGAUUUUUUGCAAGGAUGGGACAAUGCUUGUAUUGCUGGUGCUGUUUUAUACAUCAAGAAAGAAUUCAACUUGGAGAGUGCACCAACUUUGGAAGGCUUAAUAGUAGCUAUGGCACUAGUUGGAGCCACUCUAAUCACAACAUGCUGUGGACCGAUUGCAGACCGUAUUGGUCGUCGCCCUAUGAUGAUUAUCUCAUCUCUCUGUUACUUCAUUAGUGCCUUAAUCAUGUUGUGGUCUCCUAAUAUCUAUGUUCUACUCUUGGGUCGACUAUUAGAUGGUUGUGGAAAUGGUUUGGUUGUCACUCUUGUUCCUCUUUAUAUAUCAGAGACAGCUCCAACUGAAAUAAGGGGUUCAUUGAACACACUUCCUCAGUUCACUGGUUCUGGUGGAAUGUUUGCAGCUUACUGUAUGGUUUUUGGGAUGUCAUUAAUGGAAAAACCUAGCUGGAGAUUGAUGCUUGGGGUUCUUUUAAUUCCAUCCAGUAUUUAUUUUAUAUUAACUGUAUUCUUCUUACCCGAGUCUCCUCGUUGGCUUGUUAGUAAAGGAAGAAUGAGUGAGGCCAAAAGGGUUCUUCAACGAUUGCGAGGCAGGGAAGAUGUUGCUGCUGAGAUGGCUUUGCUUGUUGAGGGACUUCGAGUUGGAGGUGAAGCAUCAAUAGAAGAAUACUUAAUUGAGCCAGAUGCUGGCAUUGCUGAUGAUCAAGAUCCAAUGGUUGUCAAAGAUCAGAUUAAGUUAUAUGGGUCCGAAGUAGGCCAAUCCUGGAUUGCAAGACCAGUCACUGGUCAGAGUAUGCUCGGGAUUGCAUCUCGCCAGGGAAGCAUUCAAAACCCUAGUAGUUCCUUUAUAGACCCCCUUGUCACGCUUUUUGGUAGUGUACAUGAGAAGCUUCCAGAACAAGGAAGCAUGCGAAGUAUCAUCUUCCCAAAUUUUGGUAGUAUGUUUAGUAUAGGAGGAGGGAAAGAUCCUAGAAACGAAGACUGGGAUGAGGGACAUGAUGAUGAAUAUGUUCACCAUCAUGAGGAUGAUGAUGAUGAUUAUUCUGAAGAGGAUGACAAUUUACGGAGUCCACUUAUGACUCAUCAGGUUUCAGGUACUGAUAAAGCCAUGGUUGCUCCUGCUUCAGGCAGCAUGUUUAGCAUGAAGCCUAGUGGUUUAAUACAAGGAAGUGAAGCUAGCGGCAUUGGUGGUGGUUGGCAGCUUGCUUGGAAAUGGAGCGAGAGAGAAGGUGCGGAUGGGAAAAAGGAAGGAGGGUUUAAAAGGCUUUAUUUACAUCAGGAAGGUGAUGCUGGAUCUAAACGAGGGUCUGUGAUCUCUCUUCCUGGUGGUGAUGUUACUGGUGGUGAUACCGAGUUUAUUAAGGCAGCUGCGUUAGUGAGUGAACCUGCCCUUUAUUCGAGGGAGUUUAUGGAUCAUCAUGCAAUUGGACCAGCUAUGGUUCACCCUUCUGAGGCUGUUGCUAAAGGACCUAGUUGGAGGGACCUUCUAGAACCCGGUGUAAGGCGUGCAUUGGUUGUUGGUAUCGGACUUCAACUUCUUCAACAGUUCUCUGGGAUAAAUGGGGUUCUGUAUUACACACCUCAAAUAUUAGAGCAGGCUGGAGUUGGUCAUCUUCUUUCGCACAUGGGUAUUGGCGCUUCCUCUGCAGCAUUGCUCAUCAGUGCACUUACGACUCUUUUAAUGCUUCCUGCUAUAGCUGUUGCAAUGAGGGUUAUGGAUAUUUCUGGAAGGAGGACUUUGCUAUUGACCACAAUUCCUGUAUUGUUCCUAUCGCUUGUGGUCCUAAUACUUGGAAAUAUCAUAAACAUGGGAACCACGGUGCACGCCGUGAUUUCCACGGUCUCAGUAGUUUUCUACCUCUGCUUCUUCGUGAUGGGUUUUGGCCCGGUCCCAAAUAUCCUAUGCGCAGAAAUUUUCCCAACCAGGAUUCGUGGGCUCUGCAUUGCUAUAUGCGCGUUUUCGUUCUGGAUUUGUGAUAUCAUAGUUACUGAUACACUUCCUGUGAUGCUGAAAUCUGUUGGACUUGCUGGUGUCUUUGGCUUCUACGCAGUUGUUAGUGUAAUUGCAUGGAUUUUUAUCUAUAUAAAGGUUCCUGAAACCAAGGGCAUGCCCCUUGAGAUAAUUACUGAGUUCUUUGCUCUAGGGGCAAGACAACCUUAAGACAAAAAGAACAACUUACAUCUGUUACACCCGUUUUUAUUGUUUUGCUAAGGGCCGGGAAAGGGUUGUUUCCUUCCCAAACUCUGGUAUUGUUUAUCAAUCAAAGUAUAUAGUUCUGUUGCAACUUCUUUGAUUACAGCAUUUCUGAAAACUUAAAGACUGUUAAAUUACAAAAUUUCAGGCAGCAUUAUUUCA